AUGCGUAUUCACCUUCCCCUCCACCCUUCCCAGUUCAAACAGCCCACCACCUCUCCCUCCGACUCGCCCCUCGUCCAGCUGGGCGGCGACCUCGUCCUUGUCGAGUUGCAGGGCGAGCUCAGUUGGGAGGGCGAAAAAUCUGGGGGCGUGGUCGGUGUCAUUGGGUUAGAUCGUCCAGAUAAACCGACAUUACAUCUCGGACCGCAUCAUCUCCUCCACGGCAAAUUCGCAAAGCUCCAAAAGCCUUAUGCUGUUAUCCGCCGAGUUGUCGGGGACCCUGCUGCCUCCUCAUCUAUUCUGGCGUCAGAAAAAGGCAAGGGCAUAGCAGUCCAAGGGGCCGCCGACGAAGAGGGUUCUUCGGAUGAAGAAGAUGAGGAAGAUGAUGAUGAUGAAGAGGACGAGGACGAAGGGCCGCUCUUUCCGCCUACAAAGGACGGGACUCCUGAAAGAGAAAAUGCCCACCCUCAAACCAGCUCCCCCUUCCUACCUCCCUCUACACCCCGAGACUACUCGUCCGAUAUCGAAAUGUCGUCCCCUAUAGCGCCUUCUAGCUCUAAACGCCCAUACUCUGACAGCGAAGAAGACGAAGCUGAGGCUGAAGAGCGGAGAAAACGGCAAAAGCUGGCGGAUGCUAGGAAGGCGAAGAAGGAGGAGAGAAAAAGAAAGAGAGGUGAUGGGACGGAGAGAACGAGACACUAUACGGUGGUGGGGAUUGUGAGGAAGAAGGUGGUCUUCUCUUUACGACCCGAACCUCUCGUCGCACCGACGAUACUUCCCGAAUAA